GAUUAGAAGCUUUCCCUUGAUUCUCAGUGGAGGAAAACCAGCAGGUCUACUGGCUCUUGUUAAGUUAGUCAGUCAGUGACUGUUAAAUCAGUUUUAGUGCUGAUAUCUUACACUCAAUCUCAUGUAUGAAUUUAACAAAUAACUAUUACUUCUUUUUGUAGUUGUUGUUUGAGCUAAUUUACUUGAAGAUGAGUAAAGUUAGUGAAAUGAUUCAGGAAAACAGUGUUUGUAUGCAGUCUGUUGACAUGGACUUGACUUGUCUUCCUCCCGGCAACACGUCCCUGCAACAGACUGAUGCACCCAGUGCAGCUGAACAGCAGACAAUGAGCGUUUAUCUCAGAGUGAGGCCUUUCUCUAAAGAGGAGCUCUCUAACAAUGAGGAUCAGGCUUGUGUUGUGAUUGAAAACAGCCAGACGGUGACACUGAAUGCACCAAAAGGUUCUGCCACCAUGAAGAGCCGUGAGAAAGGAAUUGGCAUGUCACUCCACAAAUUUUAUUUUUCACAGAUUUUUGGGCCUGACACAACACAGGCUGAGCUGUUUGAGAACACAGUCAAAAGCCAAAUGAGUGAUUUCUUGGAUGGGAAGAACGCACUGAUAUUCACCUAUGGUGUAACCAAUGCUGGGAAAACCUUCACAAUCCAAGGAUCUCCAAAAGAGCCAGGGAUACUGCCUCGAGUGCUGGAAAGCACUUUUCAGUACAUUGGAGAACAUCAGUAUCGGGGAAUGGACCUGAAGCCCUACCUCAGGAAUGGUGUGCAGUCUCUGGAUUUUCACCAAGUAAAGCAGGAAAGAAUCACUAAAGCUGCCAUUUUUGCUUCAUUUAAAGAAGAGUGUGAUUCUCUCAGAGGCAGUAGUUGUCUAGAGUCUUGUUCGCCCAGCCAUCUUUCAUCCUCUUCUGCAUCUUCAACUCAAACGGUGCUGACCAGCAACCAGGCAGAAGCAAAUGACAGCCAGUUUGCCUUAUGGGUGGCUUUCUUUGAAAUCUACAAUGAGUAUGUGUACGAUCUUCUCCAGCCAUCUUUGUGCUCCAAAUCCAAGAAACGUGCCUGUCUCCGUGUAUGCGAUGAUGGAGCUGGAAAUGCUUAUGUUAAAGACCUCAUUUGGAUCAACAUUCAUAACCUGGGUGAAGCCUCCAAGCUGCUACACUUUGGGAAUAAAAACAGAAGUGCUGCAGCCACAAAGAUGAACCACUCAUCUAGCCGAAGCCACAGCAUAUUUACCAUGAAGUUACUGAGGAUCAAUGGAGGGACAGCUGAAAGGGUCUCUGAGUUCUCUCUCUGUGAUCUGGCCGGCUCAGAAAGAUGCAACAAAACAAAAACUUUUGGAGAGAGGCUUAAGGAGGCGGGUAACAUUAAUAAUUCCCUGCUUAUUUUGGGGAAGUGUAUCACUGCGCUCCGCAACAGUGGGCCUGACAGAACGAGGAGCAUCCCCUUCCGAGAAAGCAAGCUCACCAAGCUGUUCCAGGCUUUCUUCUGCGGGAAGGGAAGACCCUCCAUGAUUGUCAACAUUAACCAGUGUGCUUCCACCUAUGACGAGACUCUCCAUGUCAUGAAGUUCUCAGCUGUUGCCAAACAGGUGGUGCAGGUGAUUCCAGAUAAGGCUCUAGAAUCUCUGGCUCCUCGUCUCGUAGGUCAUGAUGGCAAGCCCCUGCUGAGCAACGGGGUGUUUGACAGCAACGUCCUGGAGAGUUACCUGUCUGAAGAUGAGCUGCUUGAUGAAGAAGAGGAGGCUGACAUGUCUUUGUUGCCACAGAGUGAACUUUUGAAUGUGGUUGAGAACUUAAGAACAAAGCUACUGGCUGAGCGAAGAAAAAACCUGCUGCAAGAAAUCGAAAUUCGCAAAGAAAUGGGAGACGCCAUGUUGCAGCAGCUGAUGGAAAGUGAAGAACUCCGCAAUCGUCAGAUCGAAGAGCUGAAGGAGAGCUACCGGGAUAAACUGGAAAACACAUUUGAGAUGUACAAGGAUGCUAUUAAAGAACAUGCUUAUCACAGCGCUAUGACCAAUCUGGAGGAUAACUAUGUACCGCUCGAUGAGUUCACUGCAGAACAGGAGAAAGUGGAGGCCCUCAGGCGUAAAGUGUCAGAGUUGGAGGCCUUGACUUCGAGGACGAGAUGAUCGAUACAGGUGCCUACACAGAGAGAAAUGUGCCAUAGAGCGGAUGUGUGAGGAUAAACAACAGCUAAUUUUGUCGCUGGAGAAAAGGCUGAUGGAGCUUAAUGAAACGCUACAGAAGGUCAGAGAUGGUUUUAUGGAGAAAUCAGCUGAUCUUGAGGCUCUGCAGAGGACUGCUGAUGAUCAGAAAAAAUCCAUGGAAGAGAUCCUACAGCAAAAUGUGGAAAAAGACAAGGAGAUUGUCUCGCUGAAGGCAGAAGUUGCCAAGCUCUCCCAGAAGUCCCCUGUGCAAGCAAAGACUAAGCGAGGCCUUCUCGCCAACAUCAGGGAGGCUGUCACAUCACCACGGAAGGGAACGUCUGCCCGAACACUGAGGAAAACGGGCAAGACUGUACACCAUUGAAAGCCCAGUUGUUGUACAACAACUGCACUCACCCGGUUAGUGCAUGAAAAUGUCCUCCUUUCAACUGAGGAAAAUUGCAUUUGGUUUUUAAGAACUUCCUUCGGAUUUGAAGAAAAUCCCCUGAAACUGAGAAUGAAAUGUGUAUUUUUGUGUGCGUGUCUUGUGCUAUAGGUUUUUUUUUUUUAAAUAAAAUAAAA